GAUCUAACUACCAACCAGAACUCGCCCGUUCCGUAAAUCAGUUGGAAUAUAAAACCAUAGGAGAAACGUUGAAAACUGCAUCUGAAUUUCGAAGAGCAGAAAGAAGGAAUCAAAAGCUUCCAAAGAGAAAAUUUGAAAGAUGGUUUGCAUCGCUUGCCUAUUGCCACUCUUCCUCGUCCCGAUCGUGAAUAUUUUGCCUCUCCUUUUCCAUUACAUCAUGGGUAAAAUUUACACGCUUUUUGGAUGGGAAUACCGGAAACCGGAGAGGGCACCUCCGGCAUGUCCGUAUAAACCGGCUGCAAAAACGGAAAACAUUAGUAAAGCUGGGCCAGAAACUGUACCUGGUAGUAUUCCCGAGUCUAGUUCGAAUCCAGUGGAAGCGACAGAUGGCAAGCAGGACUGAUACUGAAGUUGGAGUGUUUUCCAUUGUAUGAAAAUCAUUCCUUAGCGUAACAAUCCUUCUGAAAAUAGACUUGUUAAGUUUGUUGAUUUGGAGAAUAAAAAACAAAAAUCAUGUAGUAUGUUUUUAUCAGAAGGCAAAACUGAUGAUAUGAUAAAGAAUGUUUUGAUUACCUAA